AUGCUGGCCGUUGCGGCCAACGAUGCCGAGAGGAGGGAGGCGGCCCUCGCACUCGUCGACGCCGAGAAGGGGGAGGCGUCCACCGAUGUUGACACGCAGGAGGAGGAAUGCGCCGACAUCGAUCCAGAAGAGGAGGACCACGGGGAGCAGAAGGGUGCCAGCAGCCACGGCCAGGCCCGCUUUUUGAUCGGGAUCACCGCUUUGGUCAUCUCCGCCCUGUCCAACUCGAGCCAGUCUGUGACGAUGAAAAUGGCUGGGCGUGCGGGCUGCCAGGCAUUAGUUGCUGCAACGGCGCGAUUCACGAUCCAGACCGUAGUCUCGUGCUGGAGCUUGGGGGGCGUCGUCAGUCCAGCGCGCGACAUUUGGACCAUUGGCGACAGCAGGAGAUUUUGGAUCAUAGUACGCUGUCUGGCCGGCAGCUUGAACUUCGCCAUCUUCUCUGUCGUAGUGACGUCGAUGGCCGUAGGAGAAGCAACUAUGAUCAAGUACGCGUCACCACUCUUUCUUCUUCGGUGA